AAACUGAAGGACGUGGAGUCCAUCAUUAGGAUCGUGGAGCUGAACGGAGAGGACUUGGUGAAGGACUACUCCGACGAAAUUGAGCGAAUGUUGGGCAGCAAGAUGAAAUCUGUGAAGAGGUUGGCAGAAUCUGCCGAAGACGCUGAUCUGUACCAUGAAUACAACGUUUCGCUAGAGUUCGAUUACUACAACUCCAUGAUGAUCAACACGGUGGAUGAAGACGGGAACUACGUGGAACUGGGUGGAGAGUUUCUCCUGGAGGAGAACGAACAUUUCAACAACAUGCCGGUGAACAUGCAGCUGAGCAACAUCCAGGUUCCGACCAACGUCUACAACAAAGAUCCGAACAUCCUCAACGCCAUCUACAACUCCGAGUCGUUAAACGACGUCUACAUCAGUAACUUCCAGAAGGAUCCCACCCUCACCUGGCAGUAUUUUGGAAGCUCCUUUGGGUUCUUCAGGCUGUACCCUGGUAUAAAAUGGACUCCAGACUCAAAUGGUGUGGCCGCCUUCGACUGCAGGAACAGAAACUGGUACAUCCAAGCAGCCACUUCUCCAAAGGACAUCAUCAUCAUGGUGGACAUAAGCGGCAGCAUGAAGGGGCUAAAGAUGACCAUUGCCAAGCACACCAUCAACACCAUCCUGGACACGCUGGGAGAAAACGACUUUGUCAACGUCAUUGCUUACACCGACUACGUUCGCUAUGUGGAGCCAUGCUUCCGGGGAACUCUGGUCCAGGCGGACUUGGACAACAGAGAGCACUUCAAGCUGUUGGUGGAUGAGCUCCAUGUUAAAGGAGAAGCGAAAAUCAAAAAUGCCAUGAAAGAGGCCUUCAAGAUCUUAAAUGAGGCGAGGGUGAAUGGUCAGGGCAGCAUGUGUAACCAGGCCAUCAUGCUGAUCACAGAUGGAGCCAUGGAGGACUUUGAGUCUGUUUUUGAGGAGUUCAACUGGCCUGAGCGAAGGGUGCGAGUCUUUACCUACCUGAUUGGCCGAGAGAUGACUUUUGCCCAGAACACCAAGUGGAUAGCCUGUAACAACAAAGGUUAUUACACACAUAUUUCAACACUGGCUGAUGUUCAGGAGAACGUCAUGGAGUAUUUGCACGUCCUCAGCCGGCCGAUGGUCAUCAACCAUGACCACGACAUCAUCUGGACCGAAGCCUACAUGGACACUGUGGUGAGGAAGAAAGGGCUGCUCUUCACCACCAAGGCUCAGAGUCUCCUGCUGAUGACGUCCGUGGCCAUGCCCGUCUUCAGCAAGAAGAAGGAGACGCUUUCUCAUGGAAUCCUGCUGGGUGUGGUGGGGACGGACAUUCCCCUCAUGGAGGUGAUGAAGCUGGCCCCCAGAUACAUGCUGGGAGCACACGGGUACGCGUUCCUCCUCAACAACAACGGUUACAUCCUGGCUCAUCCUGACCUCCGACCUCUGUAUAAGGACGGGAAAAAACUGAAGCCGAAGCCCAACUACAACAGCGUGGAUCUGUCUGAGGUGGAGUGGGAAGACACAGACGAGAUGCUGAGGACGGCCAUGGUGAAAGGAGAGACGGGCAGCAUGACACUGAGCAUCAGAGCAUCUGUCGAUAAAGGGAAACGCCCUCUGUAUCUCAUCAAUGAUUAUUUCUACACAAACAUUGAUGAAACUCCCUUCAGUUUCGGCAUGGUGCUGACCAGAGGCCACGGGAGCCUGAUGUUUUUGGGAAAUGUAUCCGUGGAAGAAGGGUUGCAUGACCUGACCUCCCCAGAUCUCAUGAUCGCCUCUGAGUGGACUUACUGUGAACUGGACAUUGAUCCCGAUCAUCGAAAAUACACGCAGCUUCAAGCCGUCGUCGGCUACUUACAAGGGAAGGAGCCCGACCUCGAGUGUGAUGAGGUGUUGCUACAGCAGAUACUGUUUGACGCCGUGGUAACGGCUCCAGUCGAGGCCUACUGGAACGCCCUGAUGCUUAACGAUGGGGUGGAGUCCGGGGUGGAAACGGCGUUCCUCGGCACUCGUUCUGGACUGAUGCGGAUAAUGAGAUACGCGGGAACAGAGACCAGGGUGGCAAAGAAGUUCCUGACUCCGUCCGAUAAGGAUAACCUCUUCACCAUCGAUCACUUCCCCCUCUGGUACCGCUUGGCUGUGGAAAACACUCCAGGGAGAUUUUUCUACUACCCCGUAAACGACAAAGGUAUGUCGAGCUGUUAG